CGUGGGAUUGGGAUGUCUGGGAGAGAGAUGAUCUUGAACAGAUUUCGCCGGGCAGCACCUCCCACGCAAAACCGAUAUAAAUUGUAAAAUCACACACAUACUUACCACCCGAUAUCCAGUGCUAUACAUGCCAGCUACAUCCUACCAGCAUAGCCCAACGAUGAGCGGCUUGCCGCGAACGAGAAUAUCAUUGCUCUACAUGUUUCUUCUUUUACCGGCUUUUUCUUAUCACGAAAUGGUGAACGGCGUCUUAGGAUUCGGAGUGGCACCGGGAACCCUCUGGUUCGGGAUUAUUACUUCUGCCUUGUAUUGAACUUCAGCUGGGUCACAAUGAGCGGUACAAGCCUUGC